CUAUAAAUUUCCAGUACUCUCCCUCUCCCUCUCCCUCUCCUUCCCCUUCACAGUUCACCGUUCUCGCUCUCUCUCUCUCUUCUCUCUCUCUCUCUCUCUGAGCCUCCGAUCCUAUCCCCCGAAGUCCGAGAGAUUGUUGAAUCUUAUAUACUGUAAAAGCAAAAGAUGGGACGUGGAGUGAGCAGUGGAGGGGGUCAGAGUUCUCUGGGCUACUUAUUUGGUGGCGGUGAGGCUCCCAAAUCUGCUUCUGAUGAUGCUGCACCAGUUCAAAAGCCAGCUCCUCCUCCACCUCCUAUUAACAAAGAGAUUCCAGCAGGUAUCCAAAGCAGUCAAGCUAAAAACUGCUACCGAGCGGAUGGACAGAACUGUGGCAAUUUCAUCACAGAUCGACCUUCGACCAAGGUGCAUGCUGCUCCCGGUGGUGGUUCUUCCCUGGGUUACCUGUUUGGCAAUGGGGGUAAUUGAUGCUCUUCCUGGAUCCUGUAACUCCUAUGCAUGUGGCUGUUCUAGUGGAACCUUGUUUGCAAAUAUGUAUGUGGUAAAGACUCUUUAAGCAUGUACAACUUUGCAUCCAAAUGUAUAAGAAAGUGUCAGGGUGAUGAGACAAGAAACAUCUAGUUGUGAUUGCCUUUUCUUUUCCCUUUAAAAGUGAAUUUUUACUUGAGAUUCAAUUCUCAUGUUAUUA